ACUUCCGGAGGUCACCGGUGUCUGUCAGUACUUCUUGCGCAGAAUCUCUCUCUCACACUCCUCUUGCCUUCUGCAAGCCACAGACCUUCGGUGCCAAGUUUUCCACGGCCUUUCAACCCUCAGUUAGUUACCACCAUGUCCUCUGGAAACGCUCAGAUUGGCAAACCUGCCCCUGUAUUCAAAGCCACAGCUGUUGUUGAUGGGCAGUUCAAGGAAAUUAGCCUGUCAGAUUACAAAGGGAAGUAUGUGGUCUUCUUCUUCUACCCCUUGGACUUUACCUUUGUUUGCCCCACUGAGAUCAUUGCCUUCAGCGAUAGGGCAGAGGAGUUCCGCAAGAUUAACUGUGAGGUCAUCGGGUGCUCCAUUGAUUCCCACUUCACCCAUUUGGCAUGGAUCAACACGCCAAGGAAACAAGGAGGGCUGGGUAAUAUGAAAAUCCCCCUCGUAGCAGACCUCACAAAGUCCAUCUCCAGAGAUUACGGAGUGUUGAAGGAGGAUGAAGGCAUUGCGUACAGGGGUUUGUUUGUGAUCGAUGGUAAUGGAGUCUUGAGGCAGAUCACCAUCAACGACCUGCCUGUGGGUCGUUCUGUGGACGAGACCCUGCGUCUGGUGCAAGCCUUCCAGCACACUGACAAACAUGGAGAGGUUUGUCCUGCUGGCUGGAAGCCAGGGAGCGACACAAUUGUCCCCGACGUGGAGAAGAGCAAAGCUUUCUUCUCAAAGCAGUAAAUCCAGAUGUCUACUGCCCAGCUGUACUCAUAAGCCCAGCACUUGUUUUUGGAUUAAAGGUGUCCCUGUAAAGCACUAUAGCGUCCAGAUCUAACCCAUUAGAACAAAGUAUUCAAUUGUUAACGAAUCCUCUGCAAGUUUUAUGCUUGUAUGUUCAGUCUGCAGUUGAUGGGAUAACCUCAUAGUCUCACGCACUGAAAGUUUUGUUUCCCCUUUUUUCAGAAAAGUAUUUCUUGCUGUUAUUGAUUUGUUAACAUCAUUAUUAAAGCAUUGGGAUAAAAAA